AUGUAUGGUGCAAAUGCAGAGAAAGAAGAUAAAAGUGCAGAGCCUCAUAAACAAGUAGAUCGCUUCCAUAUACGAGCAACCAAAUCUCUCUGCAUUAGAAAUUUGUCAGAAAGUAAAAUGAGGCCCAGAGACCUUAAGGGGCUGUUUGAAAAAUUUGGAGAAAUUGAGGAUAUUGAUAUCAAGGAAGUCAAAGGAGUUCCCACGUAUGCUUUUCUGCAAUUCAGUGAUAUCACCAGUGUCUGUAAUGCAAUAAAUGAAAUGGAUGGCACCAGUGGUAUGAAGCUGGGAUUUGGAAAAAGCAGACCUUCAAAUUGCUUGUGGGUGGAUGGUCUCCCUAAAGAUGUUGCUAAAGACUACCUGAAGCAACACUUUUCUCGAUAUGGGACAGUAUUAGAGGUUUUGCUGAACAGACACAAGCGAAGAGCAAUGGUUUUGUUUGUUGAAACUGAAUCUGCAAAAGAGGCUGCGAGGGAGGCAAAGAAGGGGAAAGUUGCUGGCAAAAAAGUUGUGGUAGAUUUCCUGAAUCUGAAAGGGCAAGUAGCCUUCUAUAAAGCGCUGGAGUCACCCAAACCUGAUCGAACUGAGAAGGCCUCCGGAGAGGAAGCUGAAGGUGUCGAAUCUCCGGCAGAAUCCACCCACUCCCUUUCUGCACCUGCAUCUCCAUCUGAGCCAAAACUGGAAGCAGAGAGUGAUAAGUCAGAUAAAUGUUUUGCAGUCAAGAUUGAAAGUUUGCCAUCGCGUUCUACAGAUUCUGGAGUGAAAGAUGGUCUUUUUCAUGAAUUUAAAAAAUAUGGGAAGAUAAUUGAGGUACAGGUUCAUGGCACUGGUGAAGAGCGGUUUGGUUAUGUGCUUUUCCAACAUCAAAAAAGUCAAGAGAAGGCUCUGGAGGCCUCACAGGGAAAAGAGCUCUUUGGAAUGCAGAUGAGUCUUUCAGCAACAUUAGUUAAGCCUGUCAGAAGAAUGGGUGAUUUUCAGCCGAGUGAACCGCUUGAUCCCUUCCAUCCAAGUGCUACAUGCUCACUGUGUGUUCGUAAUCUUGAUAGCGCAGUUAAACCUGGUGAAUUGCAGAAGAUGUUUGAGGACUUUGGAGAGAUUCUGGAUGUUGACAUAAAGAAAGUCAGUGGAAUUACCACAUACGCUUUUCUGCAAUUCACUGACAUUACCAGCGUCUGUAAUGCAAUUAAUGAAAUGGAUGGGACCAGUGGUCUGAAGCUGGGCUUUGGAAAGAGUAGACCUUCAAAUUGCUUGUGGGUGGAUGGUCUCCCUAAAGGCGUUUCUAAAGAAUACCUAAAGCAGCAUUUUUCUCGGUAUGGGCCGGUAUUAGAGGUUGUACUGAACAGACACAAGGGAAGAGUAAUGAUACUCUUUGUGGAAACCGAUGAUGCAGAGCGAGCUGCGAGGGAGACGAAGAAAGGAAAGGUUGCUGGCAGGAAAGUUAUGGUGGAUUUCAUGAAUGUCAAAGGCCAAAUAGCCUUCUAUAAAGCCUUGGAGUCACCUGAACCUGAUCAACUUCAUAAGAUCUCCGGAGGAGAUGCUGAAGGUGAAGAAUCUACUGCAGAAUCCACCCACUCCCUUUCUGCACCUGCAUCUCCAGCAUCUCCAUCUGAGCCAAAACCAGAAGCACAGAGUGAUGAGUCAGAAAAAUGCUUUGCAGUCAAAAUAGAAAGUUUGCCAUCUCGUUCUACAGAUUCAGGGGUGAGAGGUGGUCUUUUCCACGAAUUUAAAAAGUUUGGAAAGAUAAUUGAGGUACAGGUUCAUGGCAGUGGUGAGGAACGAUAUGGUUAUGUCCUUUUCCAACAUAAAGAGAGUCAAGAAAAAGCUCUAGAAGCAUUACAAGGAAAGGAGCUCUUUGGAAUACAAAUGAGUCUUUCAGCAUCAUCAGUCAAGCCAAUGAGGAGAAUGAGUUAUCAGCUGGCAGGUGAACAGCUAGAUCCCUUCCAUCCAGGUGCUACUUGCUCACUCUGUGUUCGUAAUCUGGAAAGUACAACUAGAGCUGGUGACUUGCGGAAGCUGUUUGAGGAAUUUGGGGAGAUUCUGGAUGUUGAUGUUAUUGUGGUUAGAGGAGUUGCACAGUAUGCCAUUCUCUUGUUCACCGAUAUCAUCAGCGUUUGCAAAGCAAUUAAGAAAAUGGAUGGAUAUAGCCUUGGCAGUAAUCGUCUAAAGUUGUCAUUUGGAAGGAAUAAGCCCACGUCUUGCUUGUGGCUGGAUGGACUUGCCUUAGAUGUGACCUCAAAAUACCUGCUGAAGUAUUUCUCACGAUAUGGGCCUGUGAUAGAGGUUGUGUUGGAUGAGUUACAAGGCAGGUCUAUGAUUUUAUUUGUGGAAACUGAAGAUGCAAUAAAGGCAUUGAAAGAGACCAAGUACCGCAGAGUGGGUGGCCGGAAUGUGAUGUGCGAUUUUGCAUGUCACAAAAUUAGAAUGGCUUUCUAUCAUUCCAUGGAGGCUUCUGGACAAGACAUUGGACACAUUAACACAUCUUUGGAAGAUGAAAGGGAAGAGAGGAGAGGAACAUUCCGAGAAUAUUCGCCUGACCGUCGACACUAUGAUCCAAGAGGAAGACCUUCAUACAGAGAUUUUCGUUUCAAACAUCGGUCACGCAGUAGAGACUAUCAUUCUGAAUUUGAUCUUCAUGCUGGUGAUUAUUAUGGGUCACGAUAUUCUGAUGAUCGGCCAAAGUACAGAGAACAUCGAAGAAGUGCUUAUGAGAAUAUACUCGAGUAUGGGGACGGGCUAAGGGGUCGAAAGAGAAAGCGUGAUUGGGUAGAACCUUUCCGUGGCAGAGAUUAUAUAAGAAGAGCCGUUAGACGAAGUUAUAGUCCUCGUUCCAGACAGUCUGUGAGAUCUACCAUCUGACGAUUGAAUUCAGAAAAUUCCAGGAGGACUUUGAGCACAGACUGUUUAAUUCUUGUGCUGAUCAUUGCAAAACUUGCCAUUCAGGUUCUUGAAAAGCUACAAAGAACUCAACAAUUUUAAGGUUACUUUGUAGUGGUCACUCAAGUAAUUAAAAUGGAGCUCAAACUAACUUUUUAUUCAGAAUAGAUUGAUAAAAUCAAGUCAGGAAAUGUGUUAAGAAGGUACCAUUUACACACACAUAAUUCCUAGAAAUUUUGCCACUCUGAAGCAAGCUUUGAUAAACACUGAAGCAAAGGAAAGCUAGAGAUGGAUAUUGUACAUUCAGUAUACUUUCUGCAGAGUACAGUUAUGAUAUGCUUCAUGAAAGGGUUUUGUCAAUUUUGUGAAGAAAAUAGAUCCUACGGCAGAGUAUAUAGCACUGCCAAGCCCGUUUUCAGAAUCUAAACAAAAUUAGCUAUAAUUAAAUGUAGAAUGUGUUAAGUUGACACUUUAAAGACACAAAAAAAUAAAGCUUUAAAAACAAAAUAAAUAAUAAAAAUCAAAUGUGGCUUGAUUUUUGAAACAGCAUUGCAGUUUAUUAGGCAGUGGACACAGUUACCCUGGAUUCUCCAACUUUUGUGUGGCUAAUGCGGAGUAAAAAUCUAUAACAGAACUGAAGUGAAUACAAGGUCAUUGCAGUUUAUAUCAGUUAGUAAUUUGUCAGAGUGCUAGCUAAUAAACCACUAGGACAAAAGAUAUUUUCAGACAUAUUUUCAGAUAGAAUUAAAUCAAGUCUGUACAGAAAGGAAGUAAAGUCUGUUAGAGAAAGGUCCUUAUUACCAUCUGUAAUGGGAACUAGCUAGAAAGUAUAGUAAUAAGAUAAAAACUCAAGACGUGGCUCAGCAGAGCUAUUAAAUAACAAACACAUAAUGUUGUCAUCCUGUCUACAGCAGGGCAAUAAAGCUACCAAACUUGAUAAUUAAUGUUAAGUGUCAGAACUGCAGAACACAGUAAACACUCAGUUGCUUAAAAAUCGCUUUAUGAGAUUUUUUACUUGUAUGACUAAGAUAGGUUAGGUUCAGUGAAGUUUUAUUUAAUACCAGCAUUUUAAACUGUGUCCAGAGUUAUUUCAUUCUUGCUGUGAAAAAAGUGCGUUUUCCUUACUUGGGUGUGACCCAGUGUUGGCUCUGCUUGAAACUGAUUUCAUCUUGCAAGUGCUGUGCAGACAAACUGGAUUUCACAAUUGAAAUUUUGAUUUCCAGAGGGACGUGUGACUAACAUUCAGAAUGUCUGCACUGUCACAUUUGAAACCUGAACAUUGUUUGUGGGUGUCCUUGAGUAAAGAGUUGUCUGUGAGAAGAUGACCGACAAAACUUGGUUCUCACAGUUUUAGAUAUUGAGCCUAAUAUGAAGUCUGAAACAAACUAAGAAUGCAUUGCCCAGUGACUGAAACAGAUUGUGGUAAAUAGUCAUAUGCUUUGUCUCACCAUUAUAGCUGUCAUUUUGUUUAUUUCCUUGUUCUGCUAUCUCUGCUCCCUUAAUAUUGUUGAUCCUUAAUGCUGACAAUUUUUUGUGUAUACUGUAAAGCAACAUGUGUAUAUAUAACAACUAAAUGCUUUUACAAGGACUAGAAAGGAAGUUCAAACAUGGCAGCGCUCUUUCAGCUUUGCAGGCCUCUUUUUUUAAGUUAGAGUAUGAAGGUGGCAAAAUAGCAUAUUGAAGACAGUUUCAUUGUGUUUGACAUCAUAGGGGUUAUUGUUCUGAGUACUCUCUUGUUGAUGCUGUGGAGAUGGUAACAAUGGGGUUUCUUACAUAAUUGAGGAUUGCUGGUCGGAAAGUCAAAAAACCUUAACCUGUGUCUUGAAUUUGAUGAGAGAGGUUAAUGCUGAUAGUUCAUCUCCUCAGGGAAGUGUAGGAGUUCCUGCAAAAGUUAAAGUGGUCUUUUAUCGAUGUCCAUCUAAUUUGUGCAGAUGACAUCAGAGUAUACGUGUAAGCCAGUCAUGUCCUUUAAAGUUUUCUCAAAGAAAAUAAUGAUCACGACUGUAAAUGUGAUUGUGUAUUUUCCUUAAUUACCCUUGUUUAUUUACAUUGUUUUGUGAGUGGCUAAUAAAUUGCUUUGUUAUAUUUUAAGUCUCCUGUACAGAUGUAACUACAUGAUUCCUGGCUAGCAGUAAUACAGGGAGUGCAUUUUAUUGUUCAUUUGUUUUUGUUUACAUUUACGAUAACAUUGCUGUUAGUGAAAGGUGUAUUGGGUUUUCUGAUGAUGGAUUUUAUUCCCAUUUUUAAGGGUAAGGUUUUACAUAAGUGAUGUAAAAAAAUUAAAAUAAAGUUAAUUGUUAAAAUAGUC